AUGAGGUUGCAACAAUUUCUUUUUGCGUUUCUGCUUUUCGCGAUGAGUCUUCUUCUUAUCGACGGACAGAGACCAGCUAAUUUGGCAAUGAGAAGAAAAUUGCACAGACACAACUGCAUUCAGAGAAGAUGUGUGCCUCUCCAUUCACGGGUGCCUUUUCCCUGAGUGUAGACCUUCUCUAGAUAACCGCACCUGGUCUGCCAGAAGAGAAGUGAAGGAAAGAUACCCACCCACACCAUAGUGUGAUUGCUUACAAGUUCCUGUAUGAAAGGGAAUCAUUUGAAAACACCUGGGAUGGUUUAUUAGUUUUACAGGAUUCCCUUCUUCCUGGGUUCUCUUUAGAGGGAAAAAUAACAUAAAUUCAAAAGCAAUUCCAGUCUGAAGCACAAUUAUUUGCUUGCAUAACAAAAAUCUCUCAUAUUUUUCAGCACAUUACAAUUCUUAGAGGAGUUAAAAAGAAAAAUACUUUUUAAUGUGUUAGAACUCUCUAA